AUGUUUCCGAAGACCUUCGCCAUCUUCGGCCUGGCUGCCGCCGCAAGCGCGCACAUGUUCAUGGAAAACCCAGUGGCAUUCACGAACCCCAGCAAUUCACCCCUAGAAGCCGAUGGUUCCGAUUUCCCUUGCAGGGGAGUAACAUCCGGGGAUGGCAGCGAGUCGAAUGUCUACGAGCAGGGCAGCACCCAUAGACUCAAGUUGCAAGGGACCUCCGUGCAUGGCGGCGGCUCCUGUCAGAUUUCCGUCACGACCGACGUGCCUCCGACACGUGAAUCGAGAUGGAAGACUAUCAAGUCCAUUGAAGGUGGAUGUCCGGCUCGAGGCCAGAAGGGAAAUAUGGGCAACGACCCUUUCGCCGAGGACCCUUAUACAUACAACUUCACGAUCCCCGAAGAGUUGGCGACCGGAGAUUAUGUUAUUGCUUGGACCUGGUUCAACAAGAUUGGAAAUCGAGAAAUGUACAUGGACUGCGGUCCUCUCACCGUGACGGGUUCAGGAGGCGACGAGGACUUCUUCGACACUCUCCCUGAUAUGUUCAUUGCCAACAUUGACAACGGAUGCUCUACCCCGCAAUACCACGAUGUCCAGUUUCCAAACCCAGGGAAUGACUUGGAGCAGCUGAAUGGGAAGACAACCGCUUGGGCGCAGCCCACCGGGACCGCAUGCUUCAGUGCGGGAAGCCCUUCAUCAGCCACGGCUACCCCUACGCCAAUCGUCAAACAAUCACACUCGGCUGAGUCGGACGAUGACGAUAGUUUUGGAAGCGACCAUUCAUCGAAUAGCACAUCUUCUGAUGAUAGUGAGUCUGGUGAUGAGGAGCACGUUGUUGCUCAAUACGAGGAGAUGACUGCAUAA